AUGGUUUUGAAAUCCAUUAAGGGGAUAAUUUUCCUCUUUGAAACUGCAUUUGGCAUUGUGGGGAACAUUCUUGUUUCUGUGAAUUACAUGUGGUGUUUCCAAAAACCCACUGAGAAAAAAUAUAUAUACCCUAUUCUCAUCCAUUUGGCUUUGGCAAAUAUCAUAACACUUCUUUCAAAAGGGAUGCCAAAAACAAUAGCAGCUUUUGGUAUGCAAAAUUUCCUAGAUGACAUAGGCUGUAAGAUGAUUGCUUUCCUGGAAAGAAUGGCCCAUGGCCUUUCUGUCUGUACCAGCAGUCACCUCACAGUGAUUCAAGCCAUCUCGGUCAGUCCUAAUGCCUCCAAGUGGAAAAGGUUCAAGCCAAGGUCUGCAUGGCACAUCUUCCCAUUUAUUUUCUUCUUUUGGAUACUCAAUUCCUUAGUAUGUAUUAACUUGCUCUAUUCUGUCACAAGUAAAAGUCUGAACAUAUCACAACCUAACAAUACUUAUUAUAGUUGCUAUUUUCUACCCGACAACUUAAUAAGGAGAUGGAUCUUUCUUACUUUCAUGGUCUUGAGAGAUGCUGUGUUUCAGGGUAUCAUGGGUGCAGCCAGCGGCUACAUGGUAUUUCUUCUCUACAAGCACCACCAGCGUGUUCUCUACCUUCACAAUUCCAAGUUUCUCUACAAAACUCCCCCUGAGAUGAAAGCUGCUGAAAGUGUUCUCCUCCUGAUGUUCUGUUUUCUUUUCUUUUAUUGGAUAGAUUGUCUUUUAUCUGUCUUUUUGAGUUUUUCCCUAAAGAAUAACUUCAUGUUAAAUACUCGAGAAUUUCUGACUCUUGGUUACGCCAUCUUCAGCCCAGUUGUACUAAUUCACAGAGAUGGCCAUCUGGGUAAAGAUUUGUAUGCUCAGUGGAAGAGAAAGACAUGGAGAGCAUGUUUGUCUCCUUAA